AUGCACGGCCAGUUGUCGUGGAAGAGCGAGUUGCACCACCAUUUUGAGGCCCGAAGGAGCUUGAGGGCCGGGAGGAUAAUUGGGCGUGGCUCUGCGCUCAUUUUCAGGCGCCCGAUUAUGUGGAACAAGAAGACUCUUCUCCACCAUUCAGGUUCCAUGCCCUUCUCAUAUAGGAUGCAUGCACGGCGGUGGGGGGGGUCCAAAUUCUUGGAGAUCGACGUCUUUCCCGACGUUCAUGUUCGACCUGGGAAUGAGUUGACUGAGACCCUUCAUGAGUUCGCCUCCCAACUUCCUCUCGAUACUCCGAUCGAGUCUAUGGAUCCUCCACAGGAUGCUGGGUUUCACAUCUUGACUAAGACGUUCGAUCAGACUAUCGGGAAGAAGCCGGGGAGAUAUUGUCGAGGGAUAGGGAAUGCCCAGCGGAGGGGACCUAGACCUCGGUCAUCGUCGCAGGCAAACAGUCAGGUGACUGCUUUGACAACAAAGGUGGCCGAGCUUCAGGAUCAGAUGUCUGUGAUUCUGGAGUCCCUCGUGCGAUCCGGCAUUCCAGUCCCGCAAUUUGUUGCCUCGACCUCCGAGCCCGUCCACCCCGCCGAGCAUGGGUCACCAGACCUCUGCCCCUGUGGACAUUGUUCAGACCUGCGAGCCGCAUCUGCCAGACGACCACGUUGA